AGGUUUACUUGCAUUUCUUUUUCCUGCAAAACUUUUGCGAGAAGCUUCAUCGUUCAUCUUCUGUUCGUGAACUGUGGUAACAACUGGGGAUCCCUACAUCAACUCUUUCGAAACCAAAAUCAGAGUUUGAGAAAAUGUCGUCAGAAAGGUCAGAAAGUAUAGUAGGGAGUGAGGUGGAGCCUUUGGACUAUGGGGGUAUGGACUCAGAGAGUAGUCCAUCUUCCACUAGUUCGGAGGAAACAGUGGAGGGAUUGAGAGGAGAUGAGGUGAUGGGUAUUGGGGGGGGUGAGAUGGCAGAGGUUGGAAGGAAUGAGGUGGUGGGGGUUGGGGUAGAUAGUUUACCCAUCACCGUAAUAGAAGUAGAAAAUAAUGGGGAGAGAGGUUACGAUAGAAAUGCGGAUAUAGUGGAAGAGGUAAAACAGUACCGAUCUGAACUAAGGACCAGGGAUGACCUGUGUCACUUAGUAGAAACGUACGAUAUCUCUUCCCGGGUGUUAGUUAGGCCAGCCGGGGUAGAGGAGAGGGCAUGUUCUGCUCCUUGGGAUCACUGGAUGCCAGUGUAUUCCCAGUACUUGCUAGCGGGACUCAAGUUUCCACUUCCUGAGUUGCUGAUAGAUAAGAAAGAAAGUAGGAUUUUAUUUACUGCGGGUCCUUCCUCCAUCAAAGGAUGGAAGGAAAAAUUCUUUUUUAUUGAUGAUACGGAGUGGGGGAAAGGGGAUGCCGAGGUGAGGGCAUUAGCUUCCUGGAAGGCUAAAAGGGCCAACCAGAAUAAGUUUAGUUUGAAUGGAGAUGAGGAGGAAGAGGUGAGGAAGUUGGUGAGGAAGAGGGGGGAUGUGUUGAACAUCAUGGACCUCACCAGCGCAGCAUGCAUAGAGGCUGCUGAGCUCUAUGGGCCCAGUGCUCUGAGCGAAGCUGACAUGAAUCAGUUUUUGGGCGCGGCUGGAGGAAAGGCUAUCCCCAAGAAGCCAAGAAAUAAGUCAAGGACUUCAACGAGACAAGUGGAUGAGGGGAUAAGUGGGAAGGAGGUGGUGCCCACUGAUUCAAUUGAGACGGGGGAGGAGGUGGCACCACUGAAGAGAAAAGGUUGGGAGGAGAGGAGGGCGUUGGAGAAGAAGAAGAAGGUGGUGGAGGAGGAGAGGAGCGAGGUGCCUGAGUUUGUACCUCAGCCUCCUCCUGUUGAGCUGAACCCAGAGCUCAGACGGUUGGAGGAGGGGGCUGAGGUACGAGCUCCUGGCAGGGGAAAGGGGCCUCUUCCUCCACUGGGGCCUCAGAGCAGCUUGUUUGGAGCAAAUAACAUGACGGGGGCUAGGUGGUUCAUCAACAACACCUUCCCCGAAGUGGACUUAAAGAAUGGGCGUGAAGAAGCUCUGAGGUAUGGAGGAGCAUCUGUUGUGAAGCAUGCGCUCGAGAACGCGAGCUGGGUGAAUGGUCUAGCCCAGGAGUUCAGAGAGAGUACAAAGGAGCGCGUACGCUUGCAGAGGCAGUGUGACCAGCUGCAAAAGGAGAAGGAAGAGCUGGAGAAAAAGAAUAAGGAGCUGCAAGCGUCGCUGGAUGAGGUGGUUCUAACUCUGAAGCAGUUGGAACAGGAUAAAGCUUCCCUGGGCACCAAGCUCGGCUUUGAAGAGACCAAGCGAAAGAUCUCUGAAAGCGAGCGUGAGGUUCUGGCGCAAGAGCUAAAGCUGACCAAGGAGGCUUUCUCGGAGCUGAAGGGGAAUGUGCAGACCCUGGUGCACAAUGGGAUGGAGGAGCACAUCAGCAACUUCAUCAGCUCUAGCUCGUUUGGCAACAUCGUCAACCUCUACCGAUUGCCAACUGCCAUCAUCGCCUUCACGGACUGCAGAAGAAAGGUGAAGACUGUCUAUCCCGAAGUGGAUGUGACAAGGAUAACUUUUGGAGAGCAAGAAGCUGGAGUGGAGGAAGAUGGUGAAAGCAUGUCAGCAGAUUUCCGCCCAGAAAUCAAACUGAAGUGGGAUCAUGACGCUGAUGGGCGCACCGUUUUUCCUCCGAACUUCGACUUCGAGUUCGUGGCAGUAGAAGAAGAAGGGGCAGAGGCAGAGGAAGAUGAAGUGGAGGCUGGAGUGGAAGGAGUUGGAGUGAAUGAGAGCCACCCAAUUUCAGAAGUGGAGAUCCAUCCAGUUCCUUCUGAUGAUGAUCAGCCUCCCCUGCCAGACGAGCAGCAGCCAAGGCAGCCACCUCUUCCAGCUGAAGAGGAGCUAGUGGAGCCACCUCCUCCAGCAUAGAAUUAGCUUUUUUGUUUUUUAGUGCUUUUACUUUUUGUAAAACAUUUAAACAGUUUGUAGUAGUUUUGAUUCAUUAAAUGAAAAA